AAAACCUCUAGUAAGUUAAUUAAAAGACUUUUAAUUCUAAUAAUCAUGACUGCAAAUGCAUUUAUAAAUGUUUUAAUAAAACAAUCUUUACGAACAUUUCGAAUGGUCAAUUGUAAUCCGGAAUUAUUCACAACAAAUUUACAAAAUUUAAAACAUCUUAUGGACAAUUUAACCAGUGAACAUGUAAAUCUGGAUCAUAAAUUUCAAAUUGAAGAAACAUGGAAUCGACCUGGAAAAGCUCCAAUGACUUAUAUUCAAAUCUACAAUGAUCGAACGAUAAAUGUUGGAAUUUUCAUUUUGAAACCAGGAAUGAAAUUACCGUUACAUGAUCAUCCAUACAUGUAUGGACUAUUAAAAGUAAUUUGUGGCAAGGCAAAAAUUGAAAAUUAUUCAAUAGAACCAAAAUUAACUGAAAGAAUUACACAAACGGCAAGUUCUUCGUCCUCGGGAUCAGAUGAUUAUGAUCUCAAUCGAAAAGAACUUGUAGCGAAACGAAAUCCUGAUAUAGUAGCCGAUCAUACAUCAGAAUGUUGUGUUUUAAGACCUCUUGAACGAAAUUUACAUGAAAUUGAAAGUAUCGAUGGAGCAUGUGCAUUUUUGGAUGUGUUAUCACCACCGUAUGAUGUGUACGUUCCCGAAUAUGGGCCUAGAAAAUGUUCGUAUUAUAGUUUGUUCCAAGAACUUGAACCAGAUAUAUUUCAUUUGCUAGAAAUUGGUUCACCUCAUUGGUUUUGGAGUGAUGAAGCGCCGUAUAAAGGACCUAAGUUACAUAUAGAAAAUAUAGAAAGUGAUACCGAAAUUGCUGAGCAAUCAUCUAAGUAGCUUAUACAAUUUUAAUAUUAUUUAUUUUUAUUUAAAAAUAUUUUUAUAUAAUUUUUUUUUAAUUUAUUUAUUUG